AUGCCUCAAUACCAUACAGUAGAAAUCAAUAAAACAGAAUGGAUUGUACCUGAAAGAUAUCAAAUGCUUACACCUGUAGGAUCUGGCGCUUACGGUCAAGUUUGCUCAGCUAUUGAUACUUUGCAUAACAUGAAAGUGGCCAUAAAAAAAUUAGCCAGGCCCUUUCAGUCCGCUGUUCAUGCCAAGCGUACAUACAGAGAAUUGAGAAUGUUAAAACAUAUGAAUCAUGAAAAUAUUAUUGGCCUCUUAGAUGUGUUUACCCCUGAAAGGAGCUUAGAAGAAUUUCAGCAAGUUUAUUUAGUCACACAUUUAAUGGGUGCAGACUUGAAUAAUAUAGUUCGCACACAAAAGCUUUCUGAUGAGCAUGUACAGUUUCUUGUUUACCAGAUUCUUAGAGGCCUAAAAUAUAUUCACUCGGCAGGAAUUAUUCAUAGGGACCUUAAACCAUCCAAUAUUGCUGUAAAUGAAGACUGUGAAUUGAAAAUUUUAGACUUUGGUUUGGCCAGACCAACUGAGACUGAAAUGACUGGUUAUGUUGCUACAAGAUGGUAUAGAGCACCAGAAAUUAUGUUAAACUGGAUGCAUUACAAUCAAACUGUGGACAUCUGGUCAGUUGGAUGCAUCAUGGCAGAGUUACUUACAGGCAGAACUCUCUUCCCAGGCACAGAUCAUAUUCACCAACUGAACUUGAUCAUGGAGGUGCUCGGCACUCCCGCGCAGGAGUUCAUGCAGAAAAUAUCCUCAGAGUCUGCUCGCAACUACAUCCAGUCGCUGCCGACGCUGAAACGGCGCGACUUCCGUGAGGUGUUCCGAGGCGCCAACCCGCUCGCCGUCAACCUGCUCGAGCUCAUGCUGGAGUUGGAUUCUGACAAGCGUAUAACAGCAGAGCAAGCGCUGGCGCACGAGUACCUGGCGCAGUACGCGGACCCCACGGACGAGCCCGUGUCGGCGCCCUACGACCAGAGCUUCGAGGACAUGGACCUGCCCGUCGACAAGUGGAAAGAGCUAGUAUGGAAAGAGGUGGUGGAGUUCAAGCCGCACCCGCAGCACAUGAACACCGUGAUUGAAGUCAAUCCCUCG